AUGUGUGAUGAACAGUGAAAGUCGCUGAUCAGCGAGCAGAUCGGUCUGUGGUACCCAUUUCAUUGUAUAAAUAUUAGGAGCGUUUUUGAACAGGCUAUGAUCAGACUCUUCAUAUUUCCAGAUGAAGGUGAUGUUUGGAAGUGAAGUGAAUGUUUCGAUAAAAACUUUUUUCAGCUGGUCAGGCAUUUCCCUGGAUUGUGCAAGAGAGCCCAUGCAGAACAAAAUAGUAGCGGGUCUUUUAUUCAGAAGAUCGUCCAGCUCCUUACUCAAAGGUUGUGGAUCGUUUAUAGCGAAUCCUCCGACAUACCGUAUCAUAUUCGUAGUAGGAUGAGUGAAUUCAGCGAAUUCAUGUACAUGUGUUGCAAUCAACGCCGUUUGUUCCUACAAAAAGCUAAAUAA